AUGGCGAGCGACGGAGGCAGGAAGCAAUUCUGGAAGCGGGGCGGCGCGAAGGUGCCGGGCAGUAUUCAACAUGUCUAUGGAGCUCAGCAUCCGCCUUUCGAUCCAUUAUUACAUGGAACCUUGAUAAAACCAGGUUCAAAGCCACCUACAACUCCUGUGAAACUGAAGAAAGUUAGCACUUUCCAAGAAUUUGAAAGUAACACAAGUGAUGCCUGGGAUCUUGGGGAUGAUGAUGAUGAACUCUUAGCAAUAGCUGCUGAAAACUUAAAUACAGAAGUGGUCAUGGAAACGGCUCACAAAGUAAUUCAGAAUCACAGCAAGCUACAAGAACAGCAUAAAUUUCAGGAAGAACAUCUACAGGAAGAAAACCAAGCAGCAUCUGCAGAGCUGAUGUCAGUUGUCUGUGGUGAUAAUAGGCUUGUUAAAUCAGUCAGCGAAGGUCAUGCAACAAGUUCAUCAGAUAGUGCUAGUGAAAAUUCUUCCAUGCAGAGAUCACAGUCCCUUCCACAAACUUCCACAUCUCUGUUGGUGAGUGGAAUGGCAGAAUAUAAUACCUCAGCUACUACUGGAUUAACUGAAAGAGAUGCAUUCCGCUUAGACAAAUUUAAACAGCUACUUGCUGGCCCAAAUACAGAUCUUGAAGAAUUACGGAAAUUGAGUUGGUCUGGCAUUCCCAAAAGGGUUCGUCCGAUUGCAUGGAAGCUUCUUUCAGGGUAUCUUCCUGCAAAUGUGGACCGAAGAGAAAGCACGUUACAAAGAAAACGCAAAGAAUAUUUUGCAUUUGUUGAACAAUACUAUGAUUCCAGAAAUGAUGAAAAUCACCAAGAUACCUAUAGACAGAUCCAUAUAGAUAUCCCACGGAUGAGUCCUGAAGUUUUAAGACUUCAGCCCAAAGUAACAGAGAUCUUUGAAAGAAUUUUGUUUAUCUGGGCAAUACGUCAUCCAGCCAGUGGAUAUGUUCAGGGCAUAAAUGAUCUUGUUACUCCUUUUUUUGUAGUCUUCGUUUGUGAAUAUAUAGAAGAGGAAGAAGUGGAAAAUUUUGAUGUUUCCAGUCUGCCUGAAGAAGUGCUGCAGAACAUAGAAGCUGACAGUUACUGGUGCAUGAGCAAGCUGCUUGAUGGCAUUCAGGAUAACUACACAUUUGCACAGCCAGGAAUCCAGAAGAAAGUGAAAAUGUUGGAAGAACUUGUUAGUCGCAUCGAUGAACAGGUUCAUAAGCACUUGGAUCAGCAUGAGGUGAAAUACUUGCAAUUUGCUUUUCGUUGGAUGAAUAACCUGCUCAUGAGAGAAGUCCCUUUACGGUGUACUAUCAGGUUAUGGGACACAUACCAGUCUGAACCAGAGGGUUUUUCUCACUUUCACCUGUAUGUCUGCGCUGCCUUCCUUGUGAGAUGGAGGAAAGAGAUCCUGGAGGAGAAAGAUUUUCAAGAGUUGCUGAUAUUUUUACAAAACUUGCCCACAGUACACUGGGGAAAUGAAGAAAUGAGUGUACUACUAGCAGAGGCCUACAGACUGAAGUUUGCAUUUGCGGAUGCUCCCAAUCAUUACAAGAGAUGAAUACAGAGCCAGAAAUCGUUA